AUGGACAAUAAUAAAAAACACAAUACGCAAAAAAAUCGGUUCCUGAAGCUAUCUUUGAAGAAAAAUAAAAUUAAAAUGGACGAUGACACAAAAUUGAACAGGAGUUCAGAUGUGAUAGUGCUUGAAGAAUCAUUUGAAAGGCUAAAGUCCGACUUCCCUAGAAGUAUACAAUCAACACCAAAGAUAUAUUCUCCGAUAGUAAUAAAUGAUUCCUGUGAUUCGUAUGAUUCACUUCCUGAAGUCCAAUUAAUAGAGCAUGAGCCUAGCAAAAGAGGAAAUGUUUCAAUAAACAAAUCCAUUGAAGAAAAAUCACCGAUGAAUAUAAAGGAAUCAAAACCGAGUAUAGGGGGUUGGUCCCCUGCCCAAAGUAUCACAUGUGCGACACCCCGAUACAAAAACUUACCAUCUAUACCAAAAGAAGUAGCCAAUGAAUCUCUAGAAGAAUGCUCUAUAAAGAAGAUACAACAUUCCCAGAAAAAACUACUCAACGAUCUGUAUGGUGAACAGUGGAAAUCUAUUCCGAAACUUUUUAAAACAUUAUCCAAACAUUAUGACAAUUUUAACGGUAUCUCUAAGAAACUACAUUUUGAUGAAGACGAAAGCGACAAAGAAAAUAUUAGACAUGAUUUGAAACGUAACAAAGAACUUUACUUAACAAGUUCUGAUGUUAAGAAGAAUUUAAGCAAUCUCUGUGAUACAGAAAGAAAAUCUAAGAAGAAAUUGUAUACUGAAAAAGUACCUAGUACACCUGAUAUACCAAGGUCAAAAACAGUACCAAAGAGAAAUAUUAACAGUACAACUAAGAAAAUCAAAGCAGCAUCUGUAACAGAACUUGUAGAUAUAAUGAAUAAAGAAGUUAAUGGCUUAACAAAAAAAGUUGAACAUAUGUCGGUUAUAUCUAAAGAUGAAUUAUUAAAGAGGUUAACAUUUGUAGGUUCUUUAGCUGAUGAGGUACCCACUUGGCGGUGUCAUCCUGAAGCGUUUCAGUACCGUGACAAUUAUAAGACGAUGCGUGAGCAACUCACGCGCAGAUUGUACAUAGAAUUUAAUAAAGAAGUAUUUGACAAUGCACUGGAAGAAGACAUGCCUGUUAUAUGGGACACUAAAUUGAGAAGUACCGCUGGUACAACGACAAAUAGAUUAUUGAAAAAUUCUAAAGGUGAUCGCAGGAGGACGUCCAGCAUUAAACUGUCUACAAAGGUGGUAGACGGCCCUCAGAGACUUCGUGACACGUUGAUACACGAGUUGUGUCAUUCCGCUACUUGGAUUAUUGACGGAGAGCUCAGAGCGGGACAUGGACCUUUAUGGAAGAAAUGGGCUACGUGCGCGUUACGAAAAUAUCCAGAGUUGGGCGAAAUAUCAAGAUGCCACAACAUGCAGAUACAUUUCAAGUACUGUUACAAGUGCACAAAGUGUGGAUACAGCAUUCAACGCCAUUCCAAAUCGAUUGACAUCACAAAGAAAUGCUGCGGUUAUUGCCGUGGUACCUUCGAACUUACACUCAAUAAGAAAACUAAAGAUGGUGCCGUUGUUUCGACACCCGCGCGCAAAGGAGAGACCAACGAAUUUGCAUUAUACGUGAAAGAGAAUUAUGGUACAUUAAAGAAUGGUAGAAAGCACGCUGAAGUCAUGAAGAUGCUCGGCGAACAGUUCUCCGCUAAGAAGAGGCUAGGUAUUUGA